GUGCAAACAAUUUUAAGAAAUAUAAGAGCGAUUUCAUCAUGUCCAGUGCUGGAGAUCAUCCUUGGGUUAGUUGUAGUUAAGUUUUCUGUAAUUAAUAGUUGAACUUAAUAAGUACCAACAAAAACUUAUGUCUCUGGAAAGUGAUAUGAGGGAAAUAACGACGGAACACAGUCAAAUGCUGAUGACUAUCGAUACGCUAGAACAACAAAGUGAGGCAUACGUGCAUGACAUUAAGAAACGCAAAAAUAAGAUCUUCCAGAACAAGCAGAAAAAAGAUAUACAUAACACGUUCCCGCUGCUAGAUAACAACAAAAACAAAGACAUAACACAUGAGCAGAAUCCAGAAACUAUACAUCUUCAGUCUAUCCCAACAGUAAAAACAAAGUCCUGGUUUUUGGUGACGCAAGUUCUAGAGGUAUUUCUGAUGGACUGCUUGGCUUGACUGAUGAAUGCUUGGUUUAUGGAGAAUGCCACCCUGCUAUUACAAUUUCCGAUAUGGCAGUCAAACUCUUUAGUUUAACGGCGGGAUAUGGUAAUAUGGACAAUGUUAUAAUAACUAUUGACUUGAGUUCUGUUGGUUUUCUUAAUUCACUUUAUUUAGGAAUACUGUUUUCCAUUGGUAAAUAUACUAAUUUAAUUUUUUCUUUGCGAUAUUCUAACUGGGAAUACAACAGGUAUUGUUUGUUUGUUUUCCUUUGUCAACAUUUCCUCAAAUGCCAAAGUGCAUCAAUCAGAAUUUUGGAUAACAAUAGGGUAAAUGGCAGAUUUCGACUGUCAAGGCAUUCUUACUUAAAUAAUGUUUUGUCUUAUGUAAUGAGUAGCAGGAUUUUAAAACGCGUCCCCACCCUUUCUAACUCUUGUGCCAAAUGUGUUAAUGGUUUGGAUGCAAACCCUACUUAUACUCAAUUACUGACGGGUCAAAUUGGCGAAACUAUCAAUGUGAAUCACGGUUCCUUUUUGGUAGAUACAGAAGAUAUUAAACGUGAAGAUGAAUUGAAUUUAAGUUUUUUAGACAGUUGCUCCCAAAAGGUUCUUACAAAAUCGAAGAAUUUAGCGUUUUUAUCGAUAACCACCGAAAUCCUGAAUUAAUUUUUGUAACUAAACACUGGUUAAAGGUCUCAGAACCAUGCAAUGUUCCAGGUUAUUUAAAUAUUUCGCACCUCUGCCGGUCCGACGGAUAUAGGGGCACUGCGAUUUUCAUUCGGGAAGAGUUUUUUCCUAGGUUUCAGAUUGAGGCUGUUAACAAGUAUGAUUUUUUUGUGCAGAGAGGGUGAGUUUAAAUCAUCAGUUGCUUGUAGUAAAAGGGAGAAUCUAUACUUAUUAUGUAUUAAUAGACCUCCAGAUUCAGAUUUAAAAAACUUUCUCAUAAAUCUGGAAACAAUCUUGCUUGAUCUGCCAGUAAAUAGCAGAGUAAUUCUGGCGGGUGACUUCAACAUAGACUUUGGCAGUACAACCCUGGCAGCUGCCCAAGCGUUGCAAAACCUCCUUGUCUCGUAUGGUUUGAGUAUGCAUGUUGAAUCUCCAACUCGAAUAACUGGUGAAACAUCUACUACUAUAGACUUUUUUUGCACAAAUUUAAACUUUGAUGGAAAAUCGAGAAGGGGGUUUAGAAGUACACCAGAGAAGUUGAAGAAAAGGCAGAUUUAGUGUAAAGGUGUAAAUUUCUUUUUUAAGUAUCAACCGAGCGCUUUCGGCCUAGUGAAGGGCCAUCAUCAGGGUCGGUCUCGUCAGGUUCGUAUAGUGGAGACAGAGUUACAGAACAAAGGCAUGUUUUUGGUGUAGAAAGCCAAAUUAAUAAAAUAAAAGACACACAACACAAGUAAAAGGUGACAAACUAACUAACAUCCAGGAGCGCUCAGCAACAACCAACUCCAAAAUACAUUUAGGCUUUUUCCAAAAAUCUUUCAGUGCUGAUUCAUCAGUGGUUUUCCUAAUAUUUUUUGAUUUUUGAUUUUCUUUUUAAUUUAGAUUUUUGGAUUUUUUGGAAAAUGUGCCCCGUCAUGAAAACAAUAUAGGUUGACAUAAGCAUAUGGUUUCAAUCAUCAUGAUUUUAUCUCAGGAACUAUAAGUGCAAAUGAGGUGAAAUUUUCAGAGAUUGUAGUCCCUCUAUCGAGAUAAGAUUCAGUGAAAAUUUCAGUUUUCUAUCUAUAAUAGAAAAUGAUGAAUCAGCACUGAAAGAUUUUUGGAAAAAGCCUAAAUGUAUUUUGGAGUUGGUUGUUGCUGAGCGCUCCUGGAUGUUAGUUAGUUUGUCACAUUUUACUUGUGUUGUGUGUCUUUUAUUUUAUUAAUUUGGCUUUCUACACCAAAAACAUGCCUUUGUUCUGUAACUCUGUCUCCACUAUACGAACCUGACGAGACCGACCUUGAUGAUGGCCCUUCACUAGGCCGAAAGCGCUCGAUUAAUACUUAAUAAAGAAAUUUACACCUUUACACUAAAUCUGCCUUUUCUUUUGAUGGAAAAGACACCAUUUGCAAUAUGGUUUCUACCCACCUCUCUGACCACGAGGCUAUAUUGGCGGCUUUCCCUCUAGGGGUUGAAACUUCCAAACUUCCACCUCAAUUGAGACAAAUAUUUUCAGAAUUUUUUUUUAAGAACUUUGAAGACAUGAUGGCGUUGGUCGACUGGCAUUGCAUAUUUGAUUCACUAAAGCCAGUAGAUACUUUUCACUCAAUCUUGCUGAAUUUAUUCAAUAACUGUUUUCCAUUACGUAAAAUGAGAUCACGUAAAAAACGAAAAUCCUGGAUGACAAAGGGCAUUAAAAUUUCAGCCAAAAACCUCACAUCUCUACACGUAAAUUGUAAAGCUGAUAAUAGCGGUUUUUUGAAACGUUAUCACAAAAACUACAGAAAGAUCUACACAAAAACUAUAAGAACUGCAAAACGAUCAUAUUAUGAGAAUAGAAUGUCAAAAGCAGGGAACAAGAGUAAGAAGGCAUGGGCAAUAGUAAAUGACUUUAGAGGUAAAAGCAAUACUCCUAGACAAACGACAAAUAUCGAUGCUGAUAUUUUAAAUAACUUUUAUGUCAUACCAUUAUAGUCAACCAUCCAAGGACCUUUUUUUUCAGUUAUACAUGUAAACCCCAUACUUUGUGAGUGGCUUGCUUACAUCAAGUCCUACAACUUUUCCUCUACGACUUUUCUCGGAAAUGGCACGUCUGCGCGCAGGCGACUCGCAAACAUUUUAGGGGUAUCGGACUCCCCCAAUUUGCCAUUAUUUUUGUCGGCCAAGUUGAUUUCCGUGAUUUAGAAAUAAAAAUCAAACAUUAUUCGUGAAAUUAGAUUUUCAUGUAUCAAGAAACAUAACCACGUCAGAUCGACAUUUUGGGGGUAUCGGACUCCCCCAAUUUGCCAUUAUUUUUGUCGGCCAAGUUGAUUUCCGUGAUUUAGAAAUAAAAAUCAAACAGUAUUCGUAAAAUUAGAUUUACCUACAUGUAUCAGGAAACAUAGCUACGUCAGAUCGACAUGUUUGCGAAUCGCCUGCGCGCAUACGUGCCAUUUCCGAGAAAAAUCGUAGAGG